GUUAAUUACCCUCCCCCUUUACCUCCCUACCCAGUGUUAGGGCAAUCCCAAGACUGCUUGGUAGAGAGAAGUUUGUUAUCAGUAGAAGGAAGCAUGACUGGUUGAGAUCCGGGAUGUUAGGGGAGGUAAUGCAUGGAAUGGUCAGGAUGCAGCCUUUGCUCUUCCAAGUCCAUCUUUUCUUCCUAUGCUUCUCUCAGUUACCAAGUGGAGCUGCGGCUGGUCCAGACUCAGGCUCAGGUUUAGGGCUGCCUCACAGUUCUACAAGUGAUAUGCAGGUAAGAGAGCUUCAGGACCCUCAACAUGCUGAGCUUGAGAAGAGAUUAUUUUGGACUGAAAUUUAUGUCCCUGUGAGACGCUGCCAUGCCAUCUUAAAGAACAAAAAGGGGGAGUUUUCAGUCCCAGUCAUUCGGAAUCGCCGUUUUAAGAACAUCUGGUGUAACUGGACCAUCUGGGCAGGCCCCAGAAACCACAUUAUCAUCUAUGUCCAAGGGUUUAGGGGAAGCAAGGAUUGUAAAGAAAAUGCAGAUAAAAUUAUAUUUGAGAGUGUUGCCUCUAUUAUGGAAAGCACCAUUGCCUAUGCUUGUUGGAACAAGAGAGUACACGUCUAUGCAUCUCAGGCCUUGGCUGUGAAUGUGGCAUUGCUGUUAAAUAACUAUACCUGGAACCAACGAUAUAAAUAUUUUAGAGGGAAAUAUUAUAUCUUCAGAGAUCCCAGGGAAAGAACUUUAGAGAAAGGGGAUCUAACUUACAAAGUUCCUCUUCAAAGACCUUCCUGCAAGCUUACUUACAGUAGUACUGGGCUAAAGGUUGAACUACCAGUUGGGACAUCUCAAAGAGGUCUAGAGGUGACCUCUCCUGAACCAAUGCCAUCAAAAGAUCUUCAACCAGAGGGAUCUUUCACAUGGGGAAGAGAGGAGGUAGAGUUUUCUGAGAUCUCUUUGCCUUACUUAUUUCCAUUGAACUCUGAGAGGUUAUCUGGUAAAUCCCAGGUAGACAGCAUCAUCAGCACAAAAACACUAGAUGUGGGUGAGAUGAGCCUUGGGGAUGGAUUGUUUUUCAAAGCUCUAGGGAAAACUGCAGCCCUUGAUAUUAGAUGGUUGGAAAUUACACAAGAAAAGAACAUUCUUUCCCUUGGGUCUACUAUGGAUGGCUCAACAGUUGACCUUGAUAUCCUUUAUGAAAAUACUCCUUACCUUGUGAGUCCUACACCAUCAACUACAAUGGGAGAUGAAUCUAUAAAUAUCAAAUCAGAAAGAGUUGAUAAUCAAACUGACUACUUAAUUCCCACUUCAGAGGAUGCUACAAUAAACAUUAAGCCAAUUCCCAUAAGCCAUUCCAUUUUGGGUAUUCUCUCAGAUACAGAAUUCCUUGAAAAGACUAAAUACUCUAAAAAUGAGAAGAUUCAGAUCAGUCCCUCCCAGAUAAGGAGUAGUUUAUCUGGAAGUGAACAGCAGUCCUUUCUGCAGACUGAAGUCCUGACUCAGGAAGCUUUAACAAUAUCCACUGAUUCUAUGGAGAUUCAUAUAUCCAGUAUUGACCUGGCCUAUGAAACUCAGUUCCCUCUUGAAGGUUCCUUGCACUCAAUCCCCGUGGUUCCAACAGUUCAUACAGCUAUGGAUUUUUCUCCUAAAUCUUCUCAAGAAAUCUUCAGUGACAUGGGGUUCAUGCUUAUGGUGACAUCUCUAGAUGGCAGAGGAUUAGUCCCUGAACUGCCUUCAACCAUCUCCAUUAGAUCCACAGAGGUCAGAACUGAGGCUGAGCCAGAACUUCUCCAAACAGCCAGAUCACUUCCAGGGCUAGCAGAGACAGAAAGCUUGUCCAGCUGUGUGAUCUCUGAAGAAGCCCCUAGUAGGCAUCAAAUGAGUCUUGCUGAAUCAUACCUGAAGUUUGUUGUCAGUCAAGAAAGGUUUCUUCCCUUUACUACUUACCAGGAGAAUCUAUCUGAUGUUGAAUUGACCCUAACUCCUUCCCAAGUGAUUAAGUCUGUAAGUGUCUCUGAGUGGGUUCUCCAAAAAAUUCCAGUGUCCAUUCCCUCAGUCUAUCACAGUGAACAAGUUUCAACUGAGCAGACUUUAGGGAUCCCUUUGACUUUAACCCAGGGAGCUAUGCUAAAAGCCAAACAGCCUUCCAUGACCCCAUUUGAGACUAGAACUGAGAUAGACUCCAUGCUGGUUGUUCAAAGUAUAACCACACCUUUUGGUUCAGUGCAUCAUGAAGAAGAGAGCAUGGCAGCUACUGUGUUCUCUUUUGGGAUUCCCUUGAGUCACCAUCCAAAUUUUUCUAAGAGCAACAUGGAAUGUUAUUUCUCAAAUCCAACUGCAGAAUCUCUUGCCUUCCUCCCCACUCCUACACCAAGCAUAAAUGAAGACAAGCAUACUCUUAGAAGUUUAUCAAGUCAUUCCUGGACUGAUCCAGGAGAAAUGUUUUCAAGUGUAGGAAAAACUGAGCCACUUCCACUGUUUGCUUUGAAGAAUGUAGGUGUUACUACCUCUGAAUCAAGUCCUAGAAGACUUGGACUUAGCGUAAAGAAUUUCUUUGACCCAUUAGAAGGUGAAUCCCUUAUUGAAAAAGGAACACAGAGUAUAUCUCAACUAGUCUCCAAGGACAAUUUUUCACAAGGUAGGGAUGCUUCUUCAGGAAGUAAGAUUUCCUUGGUUUCUAAAACUUAUUCUAAAAUGACUCUCCUGUCAGCUCUGCAAUCAAUCCCUAGCAGUGCCAUGACUAUAUCUUGGAAACCUGAUGAAAUUCAGACCGAAAUGACUGUUCAGCCCUCAAAGAAGGAUGAGACAGUGAAUAAAAGCAAGCCUUGGAAACCCUUCAACUCCUUUGGACAGAACCAGAAUCUUGCCAAAGCCAACUUUAUAUCUUUGUUCCCUAGUGUUCCAUCAAUGUCCUUGGGUAAGUGGGACCAGACAGGGGACCUUCCUGCAGUCUCCUCAUCCCCGCCUCUCUGGUCUAAGGAUACAGACCUUUUGGAAGCCAAAAAUCUUCAAGACUCUGAGAUCUUUACUCCAUCCAGCAUGGUAGCGUAUCUUCCUAUAAGAAGGUGUCAUGUGGUUUUGGAAGAUACCUUUGGAACUUUUUCAUUGCCAGAGGAUCUAAGUACUUCUUGGCCAAACAUCUGGUGUAACUGGACUAUCUGGGCAGGGACCAAGAAACACAUUAUUGUUUACAUCAAAGGAUUUGAGGGGCCUGAGAACUGUGAUGAAAGCCAGGACAAAAUAAUUUUUCAAGGGGUCUCAUCAAGUGUGGAAAGGAAAAUCUUCUAUGCAUGUAGAAAGCAAGGAACUUUGACUUUUGCUACUCAAGCCCUGGCUGUCCACAUAGUGUUUCUCUCUAUGAGAUCUUAUCCUAGACAUAUUCCAUCUUUUGAAGGCGAGUAUUUUAUCUUCACAGACCCAGAGAGACAAGUUCCUCCUAAAUCUGUCUUUGGGUCUUCCCAAGCAACUUCUCAGAGGCUCAGAGAGAGGAGUCCAAGUAGCCUGAAUUCUCAUCCUGACCUAGUGUCAAAACUGUCCUUUGGGAGUUUUCCAAACAUGAACAGCAUCUGUACAGGUCUGGAGGACAAAAGACAAAUAGUCACUGAGACACUGAUCAUGAAGAACAAAGAGCUAGUAGAGAGAGAAAGAAAGGGUCUUGAAAGGAAGCAACUGUGUGGCUUCCUUCCUCUGAUCCCUACUAAAGGUCCAUUGAUAAUGAACAAAAACCCAUCACCUCUCCUGAUUAGGCAGAAACUCAGCAGAUCCAUAGACAGUAUAAAAAAUUCAGUUCAAAGAGACUCUGCUGUCAGGAUGGCAUUAAUCCCAAAUAUCUUGUAUGAGCACAAACCAGAAAAUAAAGCUACUCAAGGUGACUUGCCUGUAGACUCAUUGUUAAUAUACUCUCAUUGGCCUUCUAAGACUUUGCCCUUGACAAAACUGCUCCCCAAACCUGCAGGCAUUUCUGACAGGCUUCUUCCAUCUGCCAUUGUUCAAGAACAGAGGUUGUCUUGGAGUUCUGCUGAAGCAGAGUCCCUUGCAUUGCAAGGGGACCUUGAUAUUACUAGGUCUUCUAACUUUUAUUCCCACUUGAUGGCUCAGAGUAUAAGGAAACCCCAGGAUGCUGUGAAUCAUCGUGAUCAUCUUUACCAGAGUUUCAGCCAUGUGAAGCUGGUUAAAGAAAAGAAUUUUCUAGAAGCAAUGUCUGGAGGUGAUGAGCUCACAGUGGACACCUUAAAUAUCCCUAAAGAAGAAUUGUCCUCAAAUCUUCUAUUCAAUGUUAAACAGUUAGAUCCAGAAUCCAGUGCCGCUAGCAAAGAGAGAGGUGGGGAAAUGUUCUCAACAAAGUUGGUGAGCAAGGGAGUCAAUUUGGAUCCAACUCAGUUCAUCACUUUGCAAAAUCUCAGUGAGGAGCUACAAGGUCCGGAAAGCUCUAGGAGAGUGACAAUGUCCAAUGGAUUUGUGAGGGAUUCUAUAUCUUCUGGCAGCUUGGCUGAUCUCUCUUCUUUCAUGAAGACUCUUCACACUCCCCAGAAUUUCUUCAGAGAAGUCACAGAUGAUUUCCAACCAAGCACUGCUGGUGCUGACACAAGUCCUUCAGUACCUAACUUCCAAGCCAAAGAGGGUCUGCAGACCAAGGCUUUGCUAUCUUUGAGCCCUGAUCAAGUGUGGAAGAACAUGACAACUGAAGGAGUCUUAGUUUUAACCCCAGGAUAUCCUGAUGCAAGAACAACCUCCCAAUCUUUUGGAAAUGGGUCUGCCUUAGAUUUCCAACACUAUCCAGGAGAUAUCCUAUUGGAAGUGACAAUCGAAACGGAGUACCCGGUAAAGAGCCUGCACAAUGCCUCGGAAGUGGAGAAAGUCUUGGUAGAUUUAUUUAAGCAAGAGAUUGAGGAAAAUCUAGGCCACUUUUCACCUGAAACAGAUGCAUUCAAACUAACCAGAAUUAAGAGAAAGGACACCUCAAAUGUCAUGUUUGUUUUCUGGCUACAUCUGAUGUCUAGAGGGAGAAAUAUAUCCAAUUACCUGAUGCCCCAAUUUGGAGCUUCUCUGAGCAGUACCCUGCAUUCCCAAUUAAGAACUCUCAUCAGAGAUGCCAUAGAAGCUCUCCAAAUUCAUCUGAAAUCUAUCUCCAUUGACGAUGUAAAUGAAUGUGAAACUGGCCUAGAACAUUGUGGUGAAGGGGCUGAGUGUUUCAAUGGAGUUGGCACUUACAUUUGCCAUUGCAAAGAAGACCAUGAAGACCGUUCCCCAAUGCAGACUGGAAUCCUAUGUGUCCAUGUCCCACAUUCAGGGGUUGGAUUUUCUUUUAAUUAUCUGGAUCUUGUCAUCAGUGCUUCUGUGUUUGCCACCAUCAUCAUCAUACUGAUCAUAGGUUUAGUGUGGCAGGCAAUGAGAACAACCCAAGAGAAGAAAGAUUUUUGCCUCCAGGAAACAGCAUCCCUGGAGGGUUUGUCUUCAUCACCACUGACCCAAACCAAACCUUACUUUAACCUGAAGAAGUUUAAUAAAUAUUCCCUCUAUAAUCCCUAUCAGCCUAAGCCCCAAGCUAGAGUCAUAGAUGACUCCCUGGAAGACAUAUCCUACCUGAGCAAAGACUCCCAUGUGUGGGUGGAACAGUCCAAAGAACUCUAAUGAUGAUUUAAGGAACAUUUAUUUGUUGUCUCUCUGAUCUCCUGUUGAGUCAGAUGAAGGAGGAGGUGACUUUUCUCUCAGCGGUUAUAAGUGAUCUAUAAACUAUUUUCUCUGGAAGAAGGAAAGACUGAACAUUUUGGAGUAGAUGAUGGGGAAAGGGAGUCUAUCUGGUAACUUGAAAGGAGAGAAUUUCCUAUUGUAAUUCAAUUUGUCUUUUUUGUUCCUUCCUACCUGAAGCAUAUUUUGUGGCUCCCAGCCUUUCUAGGUGAAGGCAUUCACAUGUCUGUGUCUUAACAUCAAGACUUUCCACACUAAUUCCCAUAAUGAGCAAAAGUACAAAUCUAAUGACCUGGAAAAUUUUGUGCCAUCUGACUGGUCUGCAGGAAGCACCUAGGGGUUCAGGAAAUGGAUGGGGCACAUCGUACUUAUUUCCAAAGCUAAUGAAUGAAUCCAGUGACUUUUGAGGAUGCUCAAGUUCAAGUGAUGUUAAUUUAGCACGGUUUAGAAACUCCCAAUUGACCAUAAUGUAGUUUUAUACAAAGAAUUUAAAAAAUUUCACCUCUUGGAGAUGGAGAAAAGCUUUGGUAUUCAAAAAUAAUUCUCUCUUGUACCUAUCAACUAUUUUUUAUAAAGUUAGAAAUGAGUGUUAUAGGAAGACUCUCUUAAUUAUCCCUUAAUCUACUGCUGAAAUACUUUGUUUUAAAUUCUUUUUCAAGAAAUUGUGCCUUUCCCAUAGUCAAAUGCUGCACUGUUCAUUUUUAACCAAUGAUGGCUAACUGUUCAGAGAAGUUCCUUUGUCUGAUAUAGUAGUUUCCUUGUAAGCUGAUCCCCCAAAUAAAAUAAGACUUUUUUUUUUUUGCAAAAAGUAUUUUUCUUUAAAAC